AUGUCAGCAUCCCCACCCCCUGCGCUGGAUGCAGAUGAAGUCAACACUUCUGAUGUGGUAGUGGGAAGUCACGUAGGAGAAGUGGACGAAGAACAUGAAGAUGAAGAUAACGAUUUAGAUGUAGUUGCAGAUGUAGAUGAAGAUGAAGAUGAAGCGGAAAUUGGUACAGAUUAUACUUUACCUCCCGAUAGUGUAGAACAAGAUGUUGAUGAAGAUGUAGAUGGUGAAGGCGAUGGGACAGAAGAAUAUGUCGCGGCAACAGCAACUUCACCUGCUAAAAUACCAAACUUUAAGAAAACCAAACGUGAUUCCGAUAAUGACGAAGAUGACAACGAUGAUGAUGAAGAUGAAGAUGAUGAUGAGGAUGAUGCUGAGGAAAGAAGGAGAAGGAGGAAAAAGAAGAAGAGGAUUGAAAAUAAUCGUAAAAGAAGACAAAAUCGUGAAGCAGGUGACGAAGAUGUGGAUGAAGAUAUCGAUGAGGACGAUGGAGGAGAACAACAACCUGUAUAUGAUGCGGCCACUCAACGUCGUAUGGCGUUGGAAGAACGAAUUGACAAUAUAGGCAAAAAAGCUAAAGUGCAAAGAAGGAAAAAGAAAGGUGGUGAUGACGAAGAUAUUGUGGAUAACUAUCACGAUGAGAUUUGUGCGAGAUUGAGAGAUCGUAUGAUUUCAGCAGCGGAUAAAGACGAAGCUGCCAAUAGACAGAAAUUACCAGGUACAGCAAAAUUGGCAAUGUUAGAUGAAGUCAUGAGUGUCUUGAGAAACACCACAUUAUGGCAAAGUAUAGUUGAUAAUGGUGUAUUGGAAGCCGUCAAAAGAUGGUUGGAACCUCUACCCGAUAGAAGUUUACCAAGUGUCGGUAUUCAGAAAGCCAUUUUCGAGGUGUUACCAAAGAUGGACUUGGAUACCACAACAUUGAAAGAAUGUAGACUUGGACCCAUCGUUUUAUUCUAUACCAAAACGAAAAGAGUUACACCCGCAAUCAAUCGACAAGCUGAUUCAUUGGUCCAAUCAUGGUCUAGACCAAUCAUAAAGAGACCUGCAAAUUACAGAUCUAAACAUAUCAAUACACAAGAUGAAAUGAACGAUCCGACACAAACAAGAUUACAAAUAAGAGAAAAUGAAUCACAAGAAUACGAAUUGUCACAAACCCAAUCAAGUCAAUCUCAAUUCAUGGGUCCCGGUGGAGCUCAGCAAAGAACAAAACAAAAGAGAUUUGAUACCAGAACGGCUUUGGCUGAAAACGCUAAUAGGAAAGGUGCUAGAUUACAGAUCGUCAAAGAUAUCCAAUAUCAAAUCGCACCGGAAUCAAGAACUCAACAUCUGGCAGAAGAGAUUCAACAUGUCUCGAGAAUCCAGAUGGAUAAUAAGAAGUUUAACAAAUUUGCCAGGCAAAUGAAAGCUGGUAGGAAGUAG